CGGCCGCGAGGGGCGGGGCGCAGGCCUUCGCCCUCCCCUGCUUCUCGCUCGCGCCGGGCCGCAGUGGAGCCGAGCGGAGCCGGCCGUCUCCUCGCGUUUCUCGGUCCCGGCCAUGGCUCCCAAGGGUGGCCUCAAGCAGCAGUCGGAGGAGGACCUGCUCCUGCAGGAUUUCAGCCGCAACCUCUCGGCCAAGUCGUCGGCGCUCUUUUUCGGGAAUGCCUUCAUCGUGUCGGCCAUCCCCAUCUGGCUCUACUGGCGAAUAUGGCACAUGGACCUCGUGCAGUCGGCCGUCCUCUACAGCGUCAUGACCCUGGUCAGCACGUACCUGGUCGCUUUUGCCUACAAGAACGUCAAGUUUGUUCUCAAACACAAGGUAGCCCAGAAGAGGGAGGACGCUGUCUCCAAAGAAGUGACUCGGAAACUUUCUGAGGCUGACAACAGGAAGAUGUCUCGGAAAGAGAAAGACGAAAGAAUCCUGUGGAAAAAAAAUGAAGUGGCCGACUAUGAAGCUACAACCUUCUCCAUCUUCUACAAUAACACCCUUUUCCUGGUCUUGGUCAUUGUCGCUUCUUUCUUUAUCCUGAAGAACUUCAACCCAACCGUGAACUAUAUCUUAUCCAUCAGUGCCUCGUCAGGCCUGAUUGCCCUGCUGUCUACCGGCUCCAAAUAGAUGAAGAGAAGAUCCUUCCUUGUAGGGCUGGGCUGUGGUAACAGAAGGGGAGGAGAGGGACUGGGGAGGGAGACAUGCAAGAGCUGUUUUUUAUAGGCAAAUCUAACAGGUUUUGUGCGUGUUUUUUUUAAAAUAAGAAGAUGUAAAAUAACCUUUGUUUUUUGGGCUCCUUUUGACAGAUUGUUGAAAUAAAAUAAAUUGGUCAGAAAA